UCCUCCUCCUCCCUCUCUACCUCCCUACAACUCAGCUUCUCCGACCAUGCUGGCCGCCAUGCCGACCGGUUUCCCAUUCGGGCCGGUGCCCUACAGCCCUUUCCAAUCCUUCGAUAAUGACUUCGCGCCUUGGGAUUGCAUCGACAAUCCCUUCUCUGACAAAAUCCAGUCCCCGAAACCCGUCACUUCGACUUCCAUGUCGGAUGACUCGAACCUUGACCCAGUCAGCUACCCUUCGAACUCAGGUAAAUCCUCCGGAGAGAAACGAAAGGGGGACGCGACCGUGGACGAGAGAAAGCGGCGGCGGAUGGUCUCGAAUAGGGAAUCGGCAAGGCGGUCCCGCAUGCGCAAGCAGAGGCACCUCGAAAACCUGAGAAACCAAGUGAAUCGGCUGAAAGUCCAGAACCGGGAGCUCUCGAACCGGCUUCGCCUCGUCCUGUACCACUGCUACCUUUUGCGGAGGAGUAACGACCAACUCCGGUCUGAGCAGUCGAUGCUUCGGCAUAAACUAUCGAACAUGCAACAAAUCCUGUUGUUACAGCAACUCCAGCAGCAGCAAAACAUUCCUUCAUGGCCAUGCAACAGCACUCCUAUAAUUGAGACGUGUGAACGAACUUCAUCAUUAAUCUUAUAACUACACAAAUCACGAGGAACAACUACCUGAAAUCUUAAAAUUGGCGUAGAGAAUCUCUCCCUCCCUCCCUCCCUCUCUCUCUCUCCCUCCCUCCCUCUCUCUGUAUAACAAAUUGGCGUUGGUGGUUUGAGGGUAAUUCUUGGAAAAAGGCUGUUUUGAUAAAGCCAGAGCCAUUAUUGUGUAUAAAACUUUUUAUCAGGGUUUGCCUUUAUUAAAGAUCUUCUGUCAUUCAGAUCUUGCUUUGGCGUUUCAA